AUGAAUCAAAUUCAAGAGUCCCCUACAGAAACACGUCAAGAAACAGAUAUAUUUGGUCCAAUUGAAGUACCAUCUAAAUAUUAUUAUGGAGCUCAAACAGCUCGUUCAAUGAUUUAUUUUAAUAUUGGAUUACCAACUGAUCGUAUGCCAUUACCAUUAAUAGAAGCAUUUGGAUUAUUAAAAAAAACAUGUGCAAUAGUAAAUAAACAAUUUGGUCUUGAGAAUAAAAUUUCCGAUGUUAUAUCACAAGUAUGUGAUGAAAUUAUUGAUGGAAAAUUAAAUGAACAUUUUCCAUUAAGUAUUUGGCAAACAGGAUCAGGUACACAAACAAAUAUGAAUAUUAAUGAAGUUAUUUCAAAUCGAGCAAUACAAAUUCUUAAUGGUAUAAUGGGAAGUAAGAAACCUGUUCAUCCAAAUGAUCAUGUUAAUAAAAGUCAAAGUUCAAAUGAUGCAUUUCCUACUGCUAUGCAUAUAGCUACUUUAUUAGAAUUGAAUCGUCGAUUAUAUCCAGCAUUGAAUUAUCUUCAUAGUGAAUUAAAAAAGAAAUCUGAAAAAUUUUCAUCAAUUUAUAAAAUUGGUCGAACACAUUUACAAGAUGCUGUACCUAUGACACUUGGACAAGAAUUUUCUGCUUAUACACAUCAAAUUGCUAUGGGAAUUGAACGUUUAAAAACUUGUGAAAUACGUUUAUAUGAAUUAGCUAUUGGUGGUACAGCUAUUGGUACUGGAAUUAAUGCACCGAAAGAAUUUGGAAAAUUUGUAGCACAAACUUUAAAUAAACUUACUCAAUUACCAUUUGUUGAUGCACCAAAUAAAUUUGAAGCAUUAGCUACACAUGAUACAAUGGUUGAAGUGAGUGGUGCACUAAAUACAUUAGCUGUUAGUUUAAUGAAAAUUGCCAAUGAUAUACGCUUUUUGGCUUCAGGACCUCGUUGUGGUAUAGGUGAAUUGAUAUUACCAGAAAAUGAACCAGGUAGUUCAAUUAUGCCUGGUAAAGUAAAUCCAACACAAUGUGAAGCUAUGACAAUGAUAGCUGCACAAGUUAUGGGUAAUCAUGUUGCUGUUACUAUUGGUGGUUCAAUGGGACAUUUUGAAUUGAAUGUUUUUAAACCAUUGAUUAUUAGAAAUGUUCUUCAUUCAAUAAGAAUUCUUGCUGAUGUUUGUCAUUCAUUUACUAUUCAUUGUAUAUCAGGAAUUUUACCAAAUACACCUGUAUUAAAACGUUAUAUAUGUGAAUCACUUAUGUUAGUGACAGCACUGAAUCCAUACAUUGGUUAUGAUAAAGCAGCAGAGAUUGCUAAGAAAGCACAUGUAGAAGGACUAACAUUACGUGAAGCAACAUUGGCUCUUGGUUAUUUAACAGAAGAACAAUUUGAUAAAUAUGUCAAACCUGAAAAUAUGAUUUGA